CCGCCCUACAGCAGAACUACUGCUACAGAGUGGCAGGGCUGUUCAAAAUCACACACAUAUACAUAUAUAUAUAUGUGAUGUUGCAUCCCCGGAUAGCGGGUGCGCGCUGCCCUUCCCACCCUGCCAUUGGUGGCUACAGCUGUCCAUCCCCGGGUCCCGGGAGAUUCCCCGCCGUUAUGCGACGAUCGUAUAAGCACACAGUUAACCCUUUGAUCGCCUCUCAUGUUAACCCUUUCCUGCCCAGUGCCAUUAGUACAGUGUCAGUGCUUUUUAUUAGCACUGAUUACUGUAUUGGUGUCACUGGGGAUGUCAGUGACACCAAGUCAGCCCCCCCCCUCCCCAGUGUCAGAAUGCCCACCGCAGUGCCGCUAUAA